GGCCGAAAUCACCUCGCCCUCACUCAGUCAUCCCCAGAUCCUGCUAGCCGUCCUCUGCACCACAUAUGAUGCCAGUUGAUGUGGAGAAACAGCCGCCUUUGGACAGGUCCACGUCCUUCUCAUCCCUUCCCCAUGCCCAAAUCGACAAUGCCAACCAACUGGCGCGCAAGCUAUCCCCUCGGCAGGUCCAGAUGAUCGCGAUCGGUGGCACGAUAGGGACAGGCUUGUAUCUCGGAACUGGGAGGGCGUUGGCGACCGGCGGUCCGGCAUCGAUGCUUCUGGCCUAUACGAUCUGCGGUGGCAUUGUCUUCAUCACCAUGCUCAGCCUGGGAGAGAUGGUGGCAUUUAUUCCGGUGACAGGCUCAUUCUGUACAUUUGCGGGACGUUUUGUGGACGAUGCUCUGGGAUUCGCACUGACAUGGAACUACUGGGCCAAUGAUGCAAUAUCGACGGCUUCGGAUGUUAUAGCACUGCAGAUUCUGCUGGAAUACUGGACUGAGCAUUGCCCUGGCUGGGCGCUCAGCCUGAUCUGCCUUGCGUUUGUCCUUUGUCUGAAUCUCUGCUCUGUGAGGGUCUAUGGAGAGACCGAGUACUGGCUGUGUCUGCUCAAGGUUGUGACCAUUAUAGUCUUUAUUAUUGUCGGCAUUGUCGUCAACUGUGGCGCCAACUCCCAACGUACCUAUUUCGGCGACAAAUACUUCUACGUGGGUGAUGCCCCCUUCGUGGGUGGGAUCGGGGGCUUUGCCUCUGUUUUUGUCACGGCGUCUUUUGCAUACGGUGGAACAGAAAAUGUGGCAGUCACUGCUGGUGAGACCCAGGACCCAGCGCGGACCUAUCCCCGCAUCAUCCGGAAUGUCUUCUGGCGGAUCCUCCUUUUCUACGUCGUGUCAAUCAUCAUAAUCGGGCUCGACGUACCAUACAACCAUCCCGGGCUUUCUAGCGAAAACUCCUCCACCAGCCCCUUUACAAUAGUCUUUGCAGAAGCCGGCAGCGCCGUGGCAGGCAGUUUCAUCAACGCCGUGAUCAUGACCAGCGCCAUCUCGGCCGCCAACCACGCCCUCUUCGCGGGCUCCCGCCUUCUCUACACCCUGGCGAGAGAAGGAUACGCCCCCCGCCAACUAAGUCUCACCAACCGCUUCCGCGUUCCCUGGGUAGCGGUUCUCAUCACCGUAACCAUCAGCGCGCUCUGCUUCGGCGCCAGCAAAAUCGGCACCGGCCAGCUCUGGUCGUGGCUGCAGAAUCUAGUCGGCGUUUCCAACCAGCUUUCCUGGGUGUGCAUCUGCCUCGCCUCCCUCCGAUUCCGCGCCGCCAUCCGUCGUCAGAAUCUCGAGCAUCUCCUCCCGUUCAAGAACUUCACGUAUCCCCUCGGCCCGGUGCUGGCGGUCGGGUUGAACAUCUUCCUCGUCCUCAUUCAGGGCUGGUCGUGCUUUAGCCCGGAGUUCGAUGUGGUUGGUUUCGUGUCGUUCUAUAUUGAGAUUCCGAUCAUGUUGGGGAUGUUCUUUGGCUGGAAGAUCUUUAAAAAGACCAAAUUCGUUUCUUUGGAUGAGAUGGAUUUGGUUACGGAUCGGUACCAGCUUGAGACUGGGGGGACUUCACCAGACUCGCGUGGCUUUGAGGCUGUGAAGAGCAGCAGUCUUGGUAAUAUUCCAGGAAUGGGGAUGUUAAAGAAGGUCGGGAACUGGAUAUUUUGA